UCUUCGAGCGAUCGAGCUAUGGCGGUCACGGAGGCGGAGAGCCGCAUGGAAAUGCUGAGCCGCCACCAGCAGGAGAUCAAGGAGCUGCGAAAUCGAGAGAUCGAGCUCAAGAAGGCCGCCGCCAAGGGCAGCAAGGCGGAGCAAAAGGCCAAGAAGAAGGCGAUCGAGGAAGAAAUCUCCGGGCAGGACGCGGCGAUGAAGGAGCGGCAGGCCAGGGAGCUGGCUACGCUGGGGUUUGCGGGCAGCGAGGACACGAAUGCCGGGCGGCUGGAUGGAUUGGUGAGGGCAAUCGCGGGGGUCGGGGUCUCCUCUGCCGCCGCCGUGGCGGCGCCGCCAAGAAUCUCCAAGGGGAAGAAGUGGCGGGAUCGACGAGCGCAGCAGGACGCCGAGAGGGAGCAGCGCAUCCAGGACGAACAGGCACUACUCGUGAGCGAUCGCAAGGUGGAGGAGGAUGUCCUCGCCGCCAAGCUCCAGCCGCUGGGAUUGUCGCUCAAGGAGAUCAAACCCGACGGGCAUUGCUUGUACCGGGCGGUGGAAGAUCAGCUCCAGCUCCAUCCCAGUGCGCCCCAGUACUCGUUCCAGGAGCUCCGGAAGAUCGCGGCGGGCUACAUCCGCGAGCACCCAGAGGAUUUCGUUCCAUUCAUUGGCGGCGAUGUGGAGCUGGAGGAUUACUGCCGGGAGAUCGAAUCGACCGCGGCCUGGGGAGGGCAAUUGGAGCUCGAGGCGCUCUCUCACGCGCUCCAGAAGCACAUCUUCGUGUUCUCGGCGGAGAUGGCGAUCGUGGAGAUGGGCAGUGGGUUCCAGCGCGAUGGGACGAAUCCAUCGAUCAAGCUCUCGUAUCACAAGCACGCGUUUGGAUUGGGGGAGCACUACAACUCCCUGGUUCCGGCGUGAGGAAGAACGCGGGGAGAAUUUUGGCGGGAAGAAGAGUGCCACGUGGCUGCUGACGUGCCCAAUGGUCACGAUUAGGGUUCUUCGUUUUCUUCAUCAAUGAAAUAUUUCGCGUGAUCGUCGUCUUCUUCGUC